AUGAGACUCUCCCUCGUCGCAGCGCUUCUCCCUGCACUCUCCCUCGCAGCGCGCACACCAAGAGUCACUGCCAACGAGCUGCACACCUACAUCCCCGGCAACUCACCCAUCGACUACUGCCAGGUCCCACCGCCCAAGGAUGAUCUCAUCAGCAUAGACAGACUCGAGCUCUCCCCCAACCCACCAGAGCGCGGUCAAAACCUCACCAUCUACGCAGAAGGCAGCAUCAAGGAAGACAUCCAGCAAGGCGCCUAUGUUGACAUCAUCGUCAAGUACGGACUCAUCAGACUCCUCCAUACCACACUCGAUUUGUGUGAACAAACAGAAAAGAUUGAUCUCGCUUGCCCUAUCGAAGCAGGUCCAUUGGCGCUCGAACGCGUGGUCGAGCUGCCAAAGGUCAUUCCACCGGGCAAAUACUCGGUGCAAGCACAGGUCUUCACGGAAGAUGGCGAGCAGAUCACUUGUCUCUCAGCACAUGUGCAAUUCACAUCGUGA